AUGAAGCGUAAUUUACAAGCACAGCAUGUUCCGAACAACCAGUAUGUAGAGUUUGCUGCGUAUAAGCUUUUGGGAGAGGCUCAGGAUUGGUGGCAAGGAGAAUGCCGCUUGCUACAGCUUCAGAAUGCCAAUAUCCCUUGGGAUGUAUUCCAAACGGCUUUCUAUAAGAAGUACUUUCCUGAAUCUGCAAGGGAAGAAAAAGAAAUGAAACUAAUGCAGCUGAAGGAAGGUUCCUUGUCUGUGGCGGACUAUACUAGCCGAUUUGAGGAGCUCUAUAGGUUCUCUAGGGUGUGUCAGGGUGCCUCGGAGACCUAUGAGAGUUGGAAAUGCAUUAAGUAUCAAAGGAGCUUGAAGGAUAACAUCAUGUCUGUUGUGGCUCCUUUGGAGAUUCGGAUCUUCUCCAAUCUUGUGGACAAGGCGAGAGUUGUUAAAGAAUAUGCAAAGACAGUAGCCUCGUCAAGGGACACUCAUGGAGGAAACAAUAGUCGUGGACGUGGCAAGUACUUUCAGCCGAGGGGUGGUUGCUUCAACUGUGGUUUGCCUGGUCAUAUUGCGAAGGAUUGCACUUGUGGGAAGAACCCGAAUGUAGGUCAGAGUCAACACCAAAGGCGAGUAUAUGAUGUGAAUGCCAAUGAUGCUACUAAGGCGAAUCCUCUAAUGAGAGUUGAAGAGCUAGGCUUGAAAGUGUCGGAAUUAGCAUUUGAAUUGCAUGUACAUACUCUGCAUCAGACGGUUAUGACUUGGUCAGGUUGUAGGCAAUUUAUGCCGAAAGGAGAAAAUGGAGCAGUGAUAGCUGAGGGUUAUUACCUGAACUCUGUAAUGGUGCACUGUAGUGGGGAAGAGUAUCAGGGUUAUAUACUGUUGGCUGCGAAUACGUUAGGUGAUAAUCAGAAGUUAGAUCAAAUCUCGGUAGUUAGAGGAUUUCCAAAAGUAUUUUCGGAAGUGUUUCCGGAAGAUAUUCCUGAGUUCCCACCCCAAAGGGAGAUUGAUUUUGCGAUUGAAUUGGUGUCGGAAGCCGGACUAGUGUCGAUUGUGCCGUAUAGGAUGGCUCCGAUAGAGCUGGCAGAAUUAAAGACUCAGUUGGAAGAGUGGUGCACGAAAUUGUGA